UCCUAAAUUCAUCAAACACCCUCACUUAAUUCCCCUUUCAUUCUUGUGUGUCAAAGACGAAAUUCCUCGUCCAUAUUUGAGAGAGAUGGAAGGUUCAUAUCUUUUCAAAGCAGUGGCAGCUUUGUCCAUUCUCCUCCGACUCACAACCUAUAUGAACUCAUGCUCAGCUGCUGGAGCCACUCCCGGUGAAACAAACACCGAGUUUAUACAAAAAUCUUGCCAUGUCACACCCUAUCCUCGAUUAUGCAUCUCCUCCCUCUCCAGCUAUGCCAGCAAAAUUGAAAGCAGCCCCAAAUUAUUAGCUGACACUGCCCUCUCCAUGUCACUUGAGACAGCCCUUUCUACCUCCACGGCAAUAACAAAACUGUCCAAAAUCCACGGCCUACAGCCUGCGGAGGCUGCAGCCAUAAGCGACUGUGUAGAGCAAAUUCGUGACUCCGUGGACGAGCUCCAAAGAUCUCUGCAGGAAAUGGAACACCCAGGAGGCUCAAACUUUGUGCUUCCAAUGAAUGAUGUUCAAACAUGGGUGAGUGCUGCUUUGACAGAUGAUGAUACAUGCAUGGAUGGCUUUGCCGAGAUUUCCUCCAAAGGGAAGGUACAUGCCAUGGUCAGGAGCCGCAUUCUUCAUGUUGCUCAAAUGACUAGCAACGCCCUGUCUCUCAUCAACAAUUAUGCUUCAACCAAAACCACCUUGUCUUAGGUGAGAUCCUAGCACUAGCGUUCUGGUAAGCCUUUCCCAUAUACCAACAGAGGCUAACUGCUUGCUAGUUUCAGUAUUUGUUUAAGUAUUGUCAUAGUGUGUAAAAUUCAAUCAAGCACCUCCUACCAUUUUAGAUUUGGAAUCAA